CUUACUACGUUCUUUUUUUUUAUAUUGCUGUGCAAUUUGUUUGUCAUUAUUUUCCGAUUUACAAUAAUUAUGUGAUCGAAGAACAAAAGUAAUUCCAUAUUCCUCCAAAUUGAUACGAAAUUGUUAUUAUUGAAAAAUUGUUAUUGAUUUUGAUGCCCUCCACAUUCCUUAAUUUUAACUGAGCUGAGUAUAUACUGUACAGUAUGUUUAGCUAUGUCAUCAAAGUCAAUUACCCCUCUAUCAAUGAAUUUUAUUUUUUUUUAUUGUACACGUACACGUCAAUUGUAUACCGAGUGUUCCUGGGGUUCCUGGUGUAACUUGAGAAAUGCUUUUUUAGGUUAUAUCGGCCGCAGUCGCCGCAGUGCUAUUGCCAUAGAAAAAUAUAAACUUUGUAAAUCCUUGUUCACUAUUCGUCUCACGUUCUACGACAUGAUUGGCUGAAGCUACGCUUUUUAUAAUGCUAUGAAAUAAAAUGUGAUGAGCUCUUCAACUCUUCACUACGGAUCCAAUGUUUACUUGCAGAAGUAAAAAUGUAAUGAGAAAUAAAAUUAUUAUUCCGUGUCCUGAACAAGCGAUUUGUCGAAUGUGUUUUUUUCUUUCACUCGUUAUUUGUGGAAAUUGAUUUAUUAUAUUUCUAAUUGGACAAGUCGGGCCACCGGCAGUAAACAGUAAACACUAGCGCGUUGCAGCGCUCGUCAACUCUUCAGUUAUAAAAUUUGCAUCAGCUACGCGCAACUCACUGCUCAUCAACAAUAAACACGUUGUGACCAUUGUUUAUCGAAGUUUGGUUAAUUGAAAUCAGGAACCUAAACAAACAAAGUAAAAAAAAAUGACUAAACAAAACUUAUCGUCACAAGAAUUGAAAGAAAAGGGAAACGAAGAAUUUCUGAAAGGAAAUUGGGACGAAGCUUUAGCUCAUUACACAAAUGCUCUGAAGCUGUCGACAGAAGAAAAUGCGGAUAAAGCUAUUUAUUACAAAAAUAGAGCUGCAGUUUACUUGAAACAAAAUGAGUACAACAAAGCUGUGGCGGAUUGCGACGAAGCAUUAAAAAUCUGCCCCAAUGAUCCAAAGGCUUUAUUCCGAAGAUGUCAAGCACUAGAGGCAUUGGAACGUUUCGAAGAGUCUUACAGGGAUGCACGAUAUAUUCUGAAUUUGGACCCUUCCAACAAAGCAAUUCAGCCAGUUCUUGCAAGAUUGCAUGGAAUAGUGCAAGAACGACACAGACAAAAUUCCUUGGUCAGCGCCAAAGUUUCUCAAAUGUGUGAACUUGCUUUUGACAUGCAAAUUGACAAAGAGCGAAGGGAAACAGCUAUAAACAAUCUUCUUGUGCUUUCGAGAGAACACGCCGGUGCCGAAGUCAUGUACAACGAAGGAAUCAUUCAGAAACUUAUGAAGUUAUUUAAACUCGAAAAAAAAUACGACACAAUUAUUAUUCCAGCGAUUAGAAUCACUGCUGAACUCUGUAAAAAUGAACCGAAACGAACCCAGAAAAUCAUGAUGGACAUCGGCAUUCCGUGGUUACUGGAAAUGCUCAAUAGUACAAACGAAGAAAGAGUUAUGUCUGCUCAGCAUUGUAUGCAGACGAUAUUGAACAGCUACAGCGGAAUGGACAACAAAACAGAAACGAAGCCAAAGAAAGAGUUGUGCGAGGAAUACAAAAAGGAGAUUGACACAUUGCUAACGUGUUUGGUAUACAGCAUAACAGACCGGACAAUUUCAGGAUUGGCACGCGACGCGUUAAUUGAGUUGAUAAUGCGUAACAUUAAUUACACAACGUUGGACUGGGCGGAGCGUUUUGUGGAAAUUCGUGGAUUGCAGCGUUUGAUGGAAGUGGCAAGUGAAUUGGAGGAGUACAAAUACGAAUCAGCGAUGAACAUAACGCCAUCAACAAGGACGGUUACGAGUGUUUGUUUGGCGAGAAUCUACGAGAACAUGUACUACGAUGCAGCGAAGAAAAGGUACAUGGACGCCAUAGAUGAAUUCAUAAAGGAGAAAUUAUUGUCACCGGACAUAGAAUCGAAAGUUCGAGUGACCGUGGCGAUAACGACGCUUUUGUUGGGUCCCCUGGACGUGGGAAAUUCGAUAAUCGCACGGGACGGAAUAAUUCAAAUGAUUCUGGUGAUGGCGGGGACAGAUGACGCGCUGCAGCAAAAAGUUGCCUGCGAGUGCAUCGUCGCAGCGGCUUCGAAGAAGGACAAAGCGACGGCGAUAAUCGGCCAAGGUGUGAACAUCCUAAAGAAGCUGUAUCAAUCGAAAGACGACGCGAUCCGAGUGCGAGCUCUAGUCGGCCUUUGCAAACUAGGAAGUUCCGGCGGAAGCGACGCAACGAUUCGUCCUUUUGCCGAGGGAGCGACGAAGAAACUUGCGGAAGCUUGCAGGAGAUUCCUCAUAAAUCCGAAGAAAGAAAAGGACAUGAGGAAGUGGGCGGUCGAGGGCUUGUCCUACCUGACUUUCGACGCCGAAGUCAAGGAAAAAUUAAUCGAAGAUAAAUCUGCGAUACAGGCUAUGAUCGAAGUUGCCAAAUCCGGGGACAAAUCUGUUCUCUACGGGGUCGUAACGACCCUCGUUAAUCUCUGCAACGCUUACGACAAACAGGAACUCAUACCGGAAAUGGUGGAGCUUGCCAAAUUCGCUAAACACCAUAUUCCCGAAGAGCACGAAUUUGACGAUCCCGAUUUCGUAUCCAACCGCUUAAUCGCUCUCGCCAAUGCCGGAGUCACCACUGCUCUCGUUAGCCUUGCCAAAACCGACAGUCAAAACAGCAAAGAGCUCAUCGCGAGAGUUUUCAACGCUAUUUGCAGCGAGAAAGAGGUCCGUGGUAUCGUUGUCCAACAGGGAGGCGCCAAAGCUCUCUUGCCCCUCGCCACCGACGGCACUCCAAAGGGCAAAAAACAAGCUGCCCAAGCCCUCGCACGUAUCGGAAUUACGAUCAACCCCGAAACCGCUUUUCCAGGACAAAGAAUGCUCGAAGUCAUUCGGCCUCUUCUCAAUCUUCUCGAUCCAGAUUGCUCCGCUCUCGAGAACUUCGAAGCCCUCAUGGCUCUGUGCAAUCUUGCGAGCAUCGGUGAUUCGACGAGAAAAAGGAUUCUUAAGGAGGGCGGAUUCACCAAAAUCGAGAGUUACAUGUACGAGGAUCACGACAUGCUGAAGAGAGCCUCGACCGAAGUCAUUACAAAUCUCAUAAUGUGCGAAGAGGCGAUUCCGUAUUUUGAGGGGAACAACGAUCGUGUUAAAUAUCUAGUUAUUCUCUGCGAGGACGAGGACGAGCCUACGAGACUGGCGGCCUCCGGAGCUCUCGCUAUGUUGACUUCUGUCAGCGAAAAAGCUUGCGAGAAGAUUCUCGAUGCCAAAAAUUGGCUCGAGGCUCUACACUUCAUGCUCGCCAAUCCCAAUCCUGGUGUGCAACACCGCGGCGUCACCAUCGUUCUCAACAUGAUCAAAUCCACCAAAAACGUCGCUUCCAAAAUCAUCGAAACUGAUAUCCUUGAAAUCCUCAUGGCUCUCACCAAAAGUGAACUCGUACAAAACGAACAAGUUAAAAAAAUCGCCAACUCGGCUCUUGAAUCCGCUGCCUGCUGGGAUCUCAUCCAGAAAAAUGCUAAUGACUCUAAUGACCAGGAAUCAAGUUCUUCCAGCCAACCAACCGAAACUCCGACACCUGCAGAUACUCUCGAAUGAGGAACAAAAUACUUUUUUACGAAAAUACAGUGCCUUGAAAAAAAAAAAUCGUCUACACCCUCCAACCACUUUUCAUGUCACCACUUGGAUCAUCUUUUUUAAAAUAUUCGUUAUUGAACUUAUUUCGCGCGUGUCGUAGCCAAAAAAUCAUUUUAUUGCAAUUUUUGUACUCUGUGUGUUCUACAAAGAGGUCAAACAUUUGCCAUAUUCAAAUUUUCAAGAGCUUUUAUUUUCUAAAUAAAAUAGAUUAUUGUUGACCCUUCUUUAUGAUCGAGUUAUAAAAAAUUAAUCUGUAAAAAAAUAUUUGGGUUACGAAAAAAAUGGAAAAAUUUAUUCAUCUUAUUUUGUAUCGACGUAAUUUCAUCAUCCAAAACAUUUCGAGUUGUAUACUUAAAUGAAGUUGAGAUUGAGAAUGAUUGAACCACCGAAAUCUAUCCAAAAUGAAUGUCUCAAACGGGAUAUUUUUGCAUUUAGAACCGCGAUCUUGUGUUGAAGAAUGAAAAAAGAUCAAAAAUCGUUUUUGGUCCUCUCUAUUAUUUUUAUUACAGUAUUGUACAUAGAGAAUAUUGUACUUCGUACUAUAGAUCAACCUAUACAAAAUAUAUUAUUUAUUUGUUAUCAA